AUGGUCUCAUGGUUAAGGGAAGUAUUUUGCAAUUUACUAAUAAAUAAAUAUUUCUUCCGUGACCUUUUUCUCUCUCACACAGACACACACAGUUACUCUGUCUCUCGCCAUUAUCAUCGAGGGGAAAGCUUCAAGGUCGCUGUACGACGUCGUUGUCAGUUUACUCCUUCCUCGGAAGGGCGCAACGUAGAGGCCAUGGCUGAUAAUUCAAAGGAAGAAUUUAUUCAACUAGUCAAGCGAUUUGGGGCAUUUCUUACCCUCAAGAUUUCCAACAUAUUCCAGAGACUGGAUUCACGGUCCGCAGGAGCUUUAGCUGGGCUUGCAUUUGCAUUAGUUUUCACCUGGAGAAUAUUGAGGUCUCCUCCUGGAUCCCAAAGGAGGUUGCCUAAACGACAAGCUACGGCACCCAGUACUUCUGGCGUUAGUCAUGCAAAUGCAGAUCCAUCGGCAUCCAUUAUUCCAACCUCUUCAGAAGAUUCCAGAGCACAAAAUGCAAUUGAUGAAUUUUUUCAGACUGCAAAGCCAACUUUGGGGCAAAUAGUGAGACAGAGAUUAAGUGAAGGGAGAAAGGUGACAUGCAGGUUACUUGGUGUAGUCCUUGAGGAGACGUCUCCAGAAGAACUUCAGAACCAAGCAACUGUUAGAUCCUCUGUACUGGAAGUAUUGCUUGAGAUCACGAAAUUCUGUGAUCUUUAUCUGAUGGAGAGAGUAUUGGAUGAUGAAAGUGAGAAAAGGGUUCUCCUCGCUCUUGAAGAAGCUGGGGUUUUUACAUCUGGUGGCCUGGUGAAAGACAAGGUUCUGUUUUGCAGCACAGAGACUGGACGGACAUCCUUUGUGCGACAACUGGAACCAGAUUGGCACAUUGACACAAACCCGGAAAUUGUUACUCAGUUAGCGAGAUUCAUCAAGUAUCAGCUUCAAAUUUCACCAACCAAGCCCGAACGAUCUGCCUCUAAUGUUUUUAGCUCGACAUCCUUGGAACAGUUUUUUGGAUGCGUGUGA